AUGAACACUUAAUUAUUCGAAAACAUUCAGAAAAUUUCAAAAUUAGUCGAAUUUUAUGACAUUAAAAAAGAAAUUAACCAAAAUGCUGAAGCUUUUGUUUCUAACAUUUUUUCUCAUAAAUAUGAUUUUGAUAAAUUUUCCUUUUUUAUUGGGGGUCAAACUAAUUGUAUUGCAAAAGGAUAUGCAGUCGUUUUAGAUAAUCCAGAAUUAACAAAUGAUUUAGGAUAUUAAUUAGCUCUUUUAAGUUUUUAAGAUGGAAUGGAUAAUGUUGGAAUUAUUAUUGUUAGAAGUUAAAAAAAUAAAAAUAGGAAUAAUAAUGUUAUUAAGGUUUCUUUAAGGGCUGAUAAUAAAAAAGAAUCGAAAUGUAAUUUUAUUGCUGAAUAAUUCAAUGGAGGAGGACAUGCAGCGGCUGCUGGAUUUUAUAUUGAAAAUAAAUUUUUAUAGCAGUGGAAAAAAUGA